GUGUAAGCAGACGAUGGCAGAGAGUGUUGAAAGAUGAGCGCUAGAGUAGUUUUAUAAGGUCCUUGUUGACGUUGAUGGAUUACGUGAGCAUGAAAGGAAAUCUCAAAGUACACGUUUUCCGACGUGCAACAAAGCGCAGAUUUAAAGAGAGAUAUGUUCGUCACAUAGUUGAGAUAAGCUCCUACAGUAUAUAAUCACCAGUGUCACUUGACGCGGAUCACUUCUCACGAACACGUCAAGGUAACAACAUCGUUUCGUGCGUCGAGUCUGCGCGAAUUAAACGGGAGAGGGAUUGCAUCAGCGAAUCAGACAAGCAUUUCGUGGAGAUAUACGCUUCCAACCGAGGCAAAGAAACCGUACACAAAAAUCAAGGCGUACAUAGAAUUUUACCAUAUCGUAUUUAACUAAAUCUUGGCUUUCCGUAAACAAGAUUUCAAAAUUCCCACAGAAAGUCAAAGAAGUUUCUUAUAAAUCACGAUUCCUCUUCAUUGAAAGUCUCUUUGAGGGAUAUUUUACUCACCAUGGCGUGCAAGAUAUUGCUAACGUUUUUAGUUUUCACGUUAUCUCAACAAACGUUUGGUAUAAUAUUUCCAAUGCCAAGACAGCGAGGUGGUUUGUCAAGACAAGGAAAGAUUCUCGAAGGUUAUACGCCAAAAUGCAAAGAGGAGGGUAAAGAAAUCCGACUGCCUUUCAAAGUACCGUGUACGAGAUGCGUUUGUGAGGGAGGCAGCGUCAUUUGCAAAAAGGAAUCAUGUCCGUCAAUGGAUGAUUGUCGGGGAAUUGCGGUGUUAAAGCCAGGCACUUGCUGCCCAGAAUGCCAAGAAAGCGACAAUUGUCUUUAUCAGGGUAUUAACUAUAAGAAUGGUGAUACGUGGCUUGGUCAGAAGUGCACCAGUUGUUCUUGUAACCAGGGUGAAGUGAGGUGUGAACAGCAAGUUUGUGAGACGAACAUUCCGUGUCCCAAGGGAAUGAAAAGAGGGCUGAAGCCUGGGGCUUGUUGCGAGAGCUGUAUUGAAGAAACGGGUAUCUGCACAUCAUUUGGGGACCCGCAUUAUCAGACAUUUGAUAAUCGCAUGUACAACUACCAAGGAAAGUGUAAAUAUGUUUUCGCCAAAGACUGCGAGACGAACAAUUUUACGAUAGAAGUUCGUAACGAGGGACGACACUCGCGGACAUUUUCUUGGACAAAAUCCGUAUUUUUGCAUUGCAAUGGACUGGAGGUCGCUCUUUUGCAAAAUCUGCGAGUCAAGAUAAACGGAGUGUUGGUGAGCCUGCCGUAUUUUAGACAACCAGAUUUAUACAUCGCAGAGAACGGUUACCUCACGACGGUUAACACGGGAAUUGGCGUUCAGGUUGUUUGGGAUGGAGACAGUUAUACCGAAGUUCACGUGCCUAAACGAUAUCAGAAUAAAACUUGCGGGUUCUGUGGCAACUUUAAUGAUGAUCCUAGCGACGAUUUCAUGACUCCAGAAGGAGAGGUGAAAACGGACACACGAGAGUUCGCGAUCAGUUGGCAAGUCCGAAACAAGAGAAUGACAGCGUGCGAUAAAGAGGAAUCUGAAGGCGCUGCUAACUACCCACCCAUGUGUACUGGGGAGAAUCUCAUGCAUGCACGAAAGAAAUGCUUUGUGCUCAAGAACUCGAAGUUUGCAAAAUGCCACGGCGUUGUGGACCCCAGACCUCAUUUCAAAACCUGUGUCAAUGAUAUGUGUCACUGUCCGAGAUCACAACUACACUCAUGUCUCUGCCAGAGUCUCACAGCAUAUGCAAGAUUGUGUCAACGACAGGGGGUGACAAUUAACUGGAGAACGAAGAGCACUUGUGGAAUGAAAUGCCAGGGUGGCGCAGUUUAUGAUGAUUGUGGACCAGCUUGUCGUCUCACAUGUAAUAACAAGGAUGACGUCAACAAAGUCUGUACCAAGCCCUGCGUCGCUGGAUGUCAGUGCCCGGCCGGAAAAGUGUGGAAUAAUAAGAAGAAAAAAUGCAUCCCUCCAUCCAAAUGUUCAAAGUAGAUCAAAGAAGAGAAAGACUUUUGUGCAUUAAAAGAGCUGUCUGCUGAAUCAGAGUCGUUCUUAUAUAAAUAAAUGAAGCAGACAGAAUACGAAGCACAUCACAGUGUACAGAAAAGCAGACAGAAAUAGGCACCAGGCCCUCGUAUUUUAUAACCAAACAGCGAAGAACGUGAUAGAGAAUGAAAUGACCCAGCCUUGGCAAUUUUUUAUUCAGCACUCCACUAACAUAAACUAUACGAUAAUGUAUCCUGUCAUACGAUAUUGUAUCCCGCUAUACGAUAUUUCAUCUUGCAUUAGAUGGAUCGAGGUCGACUAUUCUUUUGCGACACACAACAACAAGUAAUCCAUAGAUUUCGAAUCAUAUUACAAUAGUUCCCAGCAAUUCUUUGGUGUUAAUGGAAUAAACUUUUCAACGACAAGAAAUAGAAUAAAAAAUUGCCAAGAGAACUAAAACGAUCAAUUUGCGGGUCAAAUAUAGACGGGAUUCUGUGUAAUCACUACACCUUCAAAAGGAUACGUAGUUUAGACGACAUGUUAACAGUAUAUAAUAUAUAGACUAUAUAGUAUAUACACAUAUAUAUUUUCAAAAUUUUUAACGUACUUUUGAAGUAUAAAAUGUAAUUUUGAUACAAACAGUUAUAUAUUUUCAAGACUUAUAUAAUUUUAUACGCGGAGAAUAUUGCUUUUUCCAAAUGUAGAAAUCAGUGCAUAUGAACUUGUUAACUACAGAAUGACUAACCUUUGACAAGAAAUUUCAAAGAUAUAUCAAUGUAAAAUUUUGUAAUAAUAGUAGACCAGAGAAGAAUGGUGGCUAUUAUAUUG